UUCAAUAUUUUUAUAGAUUAUACUCCAUUUAAAGUUACUAUAAAAUACUAGCCAUAUUCCCUGUGCUGUACGUGUACAAUCUAUCCUUGUCGGUUAUUUAUUUUAUACAUAGUAGUUUGUGCCUCUUUAGAAUUCUUAAAUGUUUGACAAAAUUAGAAAUUCCUCCCUUAAGCAAACUUACCAAUAAAGGAGGAUAUUCUAUAUCUCAUUUUAUGAGACCAUUUUAAUCUUGAUAUCAAAACCAGAAAGACAAAAGGGGAAAAAUGAAAGUAAUAGACGAGUCUCACCUAUAAACACGUAUAUGAACAAAUCUUAUAUAAUUAUUAAUAAACUGAACGCAAUAAUAUAUGUUAAAGAAAAAAAUCUUAUGACAUGACCAUAUAGCGUUUACCCAGAGUGCAAGUGGGUUUAUCAUUAAUAAAUUCAUUAACACAACUUACCUGAUUCACAGAUUAAAAAGAAAAAUCUUAUAUUCACCUCAGUAUUCAGAAAAGCAUUUGAUAAAAUUCAACACCACUUCAUGUUUAACCCCCCUCAAAAUACUCUUAGUAAACUGGUAAUUGAAGGAAAACUACUUUUUAUUAUCUUUUAAUGGUUUCUACAAAAAACAUGCAUAUAUAUUUGACUUUAUCAUCAAAUAAUAGAAUCAUUGUCUUUAAAAUUAGGGAAAAAUAAGUCCACUGUCAUGGCUUCCAUAUUAUACGUGUCCUAGCCAGCGUAGUAGAGAAGACAGAAGGAUUGGAAAUAAAAGAAAAAAAGCUGUUACACACACACACACACACACACACACGAUGAAGUUACACCAAAUGUGAAGUGAAGUGAAAAACAGUGCCUUGCCCAAGGAUGUACAGCUGGUGAUUAGCAGAGCCAGGAAUUCACAUGUAAUUUGGCUCCAAAGUCUGGACUCAAGAAAUUUCUGCUCUACUGUCUAGUGACCCAUAGAGUAGAGAAAAAGACUUCACUUCAACUGCAGUCUAAAAUGCAGAGUUAUUCCUCAUGAAUAUCCUCACCAAUUAAAGAAUUAACCAAAUUUUAAAUAUAUAUAUAUCAUUAGCAAAAUUUUAUAUUUGUCUUCCUUUAGAUUUUGUUCUUCCUGUUUUUAAAUUUUUCCACUCUUUCAAUACAAUAAAUCGUGCACAGUGAAUAUUGUUGGUUUUGCAAUGUAUAGAUUGAAUGCAUUUAUGGAAAAAGAAAAAGAAAAAUUAGAUAGUAAGAUAAUAGUAGAAGAGUGUAAUACUGCAAUGGAGUCCUCUGUGGAAAACAAGAAGUAUGUAAACAAAAUGUGGGUUCAGUGUGAGAAUGAAAGUUGUUUGAAAUGGAGAUUGUUGUCAAGUGAGGAUGCAGCCAGAGUUGACCACAGUGAACCAUGGUACUGCUUCAUGAACACCGACUCAAGGUAUAAUAAGUGCUCUGUUUCUGAAGAAGACUUUCCCGAAGAGUCCCAGCUUCAUGAGAGUGGAUUUAAGAUCGUCUAUUCACAGCUCCCACUUGGAAGCCUGGUUUUGGUCAAAUUACAGAAUUGGCCAAGCUGGCCAGGAAUACUUUGCCCUGAUCCUUUUAAAGGAAAAUACGUGACUCAUGACCAGGAUGGAAAUGUUGAGCAGUAUCACGUGGAAUUCCUGGGUGACCCCCAUUCACGGUCAUGGAUCCAGGCAGCGUUUGUUGGACAUUACAGUAUCACAUUAGAGCCAGGAAAAUGUAACAAGAAGAAGAAGUGGUACAAAAGUGCACUCCAAGAAGCGUACCUGCUGUAUGGAUUUUCUGAUGAGCAAAGACUGGAGAUGUGCUCCCUCACAAACCAGGACAAAUCCAAAGCAGAUGGCAGAGUUGCUGUGGUGGCCAAGAAAAGGAUGCAAGUUUCCAAAAAUAAGACUGAAAAGAAAAAGCCCAAAUUUAGAAAAAGGAAAAGGCAAGCUGUUUUAGAAUCCUCUUUCGAAAAUGUUUGUUCAGAUGCUGCGUUAUCAAAGGAAAACCUGGUUGUCUCUGAGACCGAAAUUUUACUGAAAGAGCUGGAGCAAAUGCUUCAGCAAGCCCUGGAGCCCACGGCAGCACCUGAAGGGGCUGAAGAGGAGCAGGGGGAGACGGAGGCAGCAGGGAAGUCUUGUAAAUGCGGCCCUGAAGCUCCUGCGGCCAGCUCGCCUGAGGACCUCUGUGAAGAGGACUAUCUCGUGAUUGAUGGGCUACAGCUGAAAGCUGGAGAAUGCAUUGAAAGUAUAACUAACAAGUUUAAAGAAAUAGAUGCGUUGAUGUCCGAAUUAUAGCGCAUUAUAGAUACUUUCAAAAGUUAAUUAGAAAGCCAUUCGCAUCUUUAUAUUCUCCCGAAGUCAAAACUUAAAAAAUGUUUAGUGAAAUAGGUACCCAUUAUCCCAAAGUUGAUAAUUUCUAAUAACUUUCUACUUAAUAUUUUGAGAAUAUCCAUUGUUCUGAGUCAAUCAAAUGGUAUUUGUGUUUUAAAUUUAGAAUUUAAGAAACUCUGUUAUUGUAUUUGUAGUUUUUUUCUUGUUUGCCUUAAUUUAAAAUGAUUUAUGAAACCUACUACACAAAUAUAUUCUUUACAAUGAUUAUUUAGACCCUUUAUUCAAAUGUGGCUAACUGUUAAAAUGACUGCUAAUGCUAUUGUAAUGCUUACAGAUAAUUCAAAUCUAAUGUCCUUAGAGAAUGUGUAUUUGUAGUAGAAUUAAGUUACUGCAAAAAUAAAAGGAAAUAAUUUUUUAAAUGGUUA